GGAGGAGAAAGCCAGCGGGCGCCGAAGCUUUGGGAACCCCAACCCAAAGUCGCACACUGCAUCUGCAUCUGCAUGCCACACCAUCUGUCCCGUCCCUAGCCAUCUACAGCUCUCUCCCAUGUGAACCAGCGACGCCAGUCCGCCGCUCAUUCAAGGGAGCAAGAACCUCGUGCCGCGGCCGGUAGACGGAGGAGGAGAUGGUCAGCGUGGAGAAGCAGUCGGCGCCGGCGCCGGCGUCUGCCGGGAAGGGGCUGACGGUGGGCGCCUGGGCGCAGCGGCACCUCAACCUAUGCUUCGUCGCCGGCUUCCUCCUCGUGCUCCUCGCCUACUUCGUCGUCUCCCAGCAGUUCGCCGUCGCCUCCCCUGACGCAGCCGUCUCCGCCAUGACGCCGCACCGGAAGAAGCACCAGGCGACCAAGUCCUCCGGUCGCGCCGGCGAAGCAGGAUUAACGCAACGGAAUCGAGGAGGAGAGGCGACGGCGGAGGCCGGACCAGCUCAAGAGCAGCGGCAGCGGCAGCGGCAACAGGCAGGGCCGCCGAAAGCAGAGCACCGCGCACGCGGCGUGGGGAAGAGAGACAGAGACGACGGUGCCGCCAAGCCCUUCGACAACGGCAAGGUGGUGUGCAGAGCGAGCCCCUUCUCCUACACCUGCGACGUCUCCGGCGACGUCCGGACCAACGGCACGGCGCACACCGUCACCCUGGUGCCGGCCACGUCCCUAACAGAGCGCCGGGAGUGGAGCAUCCAGCCCUACGCCCGCUACAACAUGACCGGCAUCCCCAACAUCACGGUGACGCAGCUCGACUCGACGUCCGCGGCGUCCCCGGCGCCGGCGUGCACGGUGACGCACCGCGUCCCGGCCAUCGUGAUCGGGCUCGGCGGUCACCUGGGCAACUACUUCCACGACUUCAGCGACGCGCUGGUGCCGCUGUUCGUGGCGUCGCGGCGGUACCACGGCGAGGUCCAGCUCCUGGCCAGCAACAUCCAGCCCUGGUGGCUCGGCAAGUACGAGGCCGUCGUGCGGCGGCUGACCAAGUACGACGUCGUGGACCUGGACCAUGACGAUCAGAUCAGGUGCUUCCGGCGCGUCACCGUCGGCCUCAACAUGCACAGGGAGUUCGACAUCGUGCCUGAGCUUGUCCCCGGCGGCGUGCCGCUCUCCAUGGCUAACUUCACCGCCUUCCUCCGCGAGACAUACUCCCUGCCGCGCGCCGCUCCCAUCCGCCUGACCAAGGGGAGCAGCCCGCCGGUGGACAGGAAGAAGAAGAAGCCGCGGUUGAUGCUGCUCGACCGGGGCCACUACCGGAAGCUCGUGAACGUGCCGGAGAUCGUCAAGGCGGCGGAGAAGGCCGGGUUCGAGGUGGUCAUAGCGGACCCGCGGUUCAACGUGCGCGUCAAGGAGCUGGCCAUGUCCGUGAACUCGUUCGACGUGCUGCUGGGCGUGCACGGCGCCGGGCUGACCAACGCGGCGUUCCUGCCGCCGGGCGCGGUGGUGAUCCAGGUGGUGCCGUACGGCAAGCUGGAGCCGAUGGCGCAGCGGGAGUUCGGCGACCCCGCGUCCGACAUGGGGCUCCGGUACCUCCAGUACAGCAUCAAGGCGGAGGAGAGCACGCUGCUGGAGACGCUCGGGCCGGACCACCCCGCGAUCAAGGACCCGGAUUCCGUCCACCGGAGCGGGUGGGACAAGGUCGCCGAGUUCUACCUCGGCAAGCAGAACGUGCGCGUCGACGUCGAAAGGUUCGCGCCGACGCUUGCGCUCGCGCUCGACCAUCUCCGGCGGCAGUAGCUAGGGUGCAGGAUUAUAUGCCCGAGGGAUGACGACAGAGAUCGUUUGUACAUCCGAUGUAAAGGAAUUCAAAAUUUUAUUUUAUUUUGUUGGUAUACUGAUUCAGGGCAUUUUAUGGCCGCUGAAUCUGGUGAAAAAUAAAUAUAUAGGAAAACGUUGAUACCACAUCAAGUAAGAACCAGCGAUGAAUAACGAACCAACUUAUGAUUGGAUGGUUAGAAGACA